CCGCCUCUACUCGAACUUAGCAAAGAGAGACUACGGUAGCUAUCAUUCCAGCAGUAUUCGCCAAGCGUAAAGAGACUGUUUCUCUCAUAGAUGUCUGUUUUAUCUUUUACUCUUCCGAUUACGGUUUAAGGUGUAAAUCCUAAAUUCAGCUAUAGCAUGGAAUCAAAAAAGAAAACGACAUCGAAAAUUAAAGUGGGAAAAGUUGGCUCAAAGAGCAAAGAAGAUGCUCCCCACGAAUUGGAGAGUCAGUUUGUACUCAGGUUGCCCUCGGAAUAUGCCUCCACUGUCAGAAGGAUUGCCCAAUCAAGCAGUAUGAACAUGAAGGAUAGACUUACGGUUGAGCUUCACCCGGAUGGUCGCCAUGGUAUUGUGCGAGUAGAUCGCGUCCCGUUGGCCUGCAAGCUGGUGGAUCUGCCCUGCAUCCUGGAGUCUCUGAAAACUGUGGACAAGAAGACGUUUUAUAAGACAGCGGAUGUCUGUCAGAUGCUGGUGUGCACACUAGAUGGAGACCUCUACCCGCCUCUGGAGGAGCCUACUGGAACCACCGAUCCCAAGAGUAAGAAGAAGGACAAGGACAAGGACAAGAAGUUUGUCUGUAACCACGGCAUCACCCUACCGCUGAAGAACACACGCAAGAGGAGAUUCAGGAAGACGGCAAAGAAAAAGUACAUUGAGUCUCCUGAUGUGGAGAAAGAGGUGAAGAGGCUGCUGAGCACCGACGCCGAGGCGGUCAGCGUGCGAUGGGAGCUGAUUGCCGAGGACGAGACCAAAGAGCCCGACCAGCACUGCUCCCUGGCCAACCUGGACUCCUCGCCGGGCACCUCGGUGCACAAGGGCCACGGCUCUACCGCCCAACAGGACGAGCUGCGGAAGAUCUUCAACGACAUCAGCAGCAGCAGCGAGGAGGAGGAGGAUGAAGGGGAGCGGGACGAGGACCUGAACAUCAUGGACACGGAGGACGACCUGGUGCGACAGCUCCAGGACAAGCUGGACGAGUCGGACUCGGCCCAGCACGAGGCCGACAGGAACAACCAGAUCGUGAUGGAGUACCAGGUGCAGAUCAACAGCGUGAAGUCCAAGCUCCAGGAGACCCGCGCCCGCAAGAAACAGCAGGAGGAGCUCAUCAUGAAAGUGGAGAACCAGGCCCUCAAGAACCGCUUCCAAGCUUGUUUGAACGAGAUCGUCCAGCAGGAAGAGCGAGAGAUGGAGCAGCUGGCCUCGCUUCAGGAGCAGCUGGACUCGCUCAUCGAGAAAUGACCACCAGGGGGCAGCCAUGCGUCAUCCUCGCCCGGAGACGAUUUCGCUUUCUUUCCUUUUUUUACUCAACCGAAAUAAUGUUCAACAUUCAAAUAAGAUUUUUUUGAUUUA